CAGAAAAUAUAUAUUAUUAGAACUCCAACUUUACCACUGAAAGCCUUCUUAAGUCUUUGACUCAUCCCUUUGAUCACUCAUCAAACUACCCAUCCUAAUUUCCUUUAGACAUGUCUGCUGGAAUCUUUACUAUUCUGGUCGCGGGACCCGCCUUCACGGGCCUGCAUGCGAGCUCGAACAAGCUGUUCCCGGUUAAGGAUUCUGUCGGGUGGCGGUGCAAGACUGUCUCCAAUGGAUCAAGGGUUCAUUGCAUGAAGACGUGGAACCCGAUCAACAACAAGAAGUUCGAGACGCUAUCUUACCUGCCCCCUUUGUCGGAUGAAUCCAUCGCGAAGGAGGUCGACUACAUGCUUAAGAACGGGUGGAUCCCUUGCCUUGAGUUUGAUGAGGUCGGGUGCAUACACAGGGAAAACAGCAGGAUGCCGGGGUACUACGAUGGGAGGUACUGGACGCUGUGGAAGCUGCCGAUGUUCGGGUGCACCGACCCGUCCCAGGUGCUGAAUGAGAUGGACGAGUGCAAGAAAGCGUACCCGAACGCUUACAUUAGGUGCCUGGCAUUUGACAACAAGCGCCAGACUCAGUGUAUGGCCUUCGUCAUCCAAAAGCCCACCAACGCCUAAUGACGAACAAUUCCACCAAGCCACUGAAAGGAAUUCGCCCACCCUUAGGGCAUUCCCUACUUUUCAGAUCACAUAAGACUCAAAUUUCUGCCUUUUGUUUUCGCUACUGGCAAUAAAAUUAUUGGUGGUUUGAGUUUUUUUUUUUUUUUUUUUUUUUUUUUUUGUGUUUCUUGGCCUAAUUAAAGAGCUUUACGAUGUAUACCGAAUGAUUUGAGCCGUAGCGCAGAGACUCGGUGGUGGGUGAAUCAUGGGCA